CUUGCCAGGGAGGUGUGAAGAUCUCAGCCUUAUUCACACCCCAGUGAUAACGAACGACGUCCUUCGGGAAGGCUGCAUUUUGGCACUUGAGGUUUUCUUUGAACUUUCUUUUUCACCCGACCUGUGAACCCAUAAACCUCCGGAGAUCUGCUUCUAUAUAAAAACGCUUUGGCAAAAUCGCUUUCGCAGAAUCUGCCCGUCACCCACCCUGAAUGUCACCCUCGCUGCAUGGACGUCUGGACGUCUGGGGAUAUUUCUGACAUGGACCUGGAGGACGUUACGGCUAAAAUCCUGACUGAGUGGAAGAGCCAUGACAGCACUUUUGGGGAAGAUCAGGACUCGCUUCAGGCUACCUCGCCGGAAUCCUCGUUGGACUCCAUGUGCUCCUCGCCGGAGAUGUGCUACUCCAGCAGGCAUCACCGGGAGAUCAAGGAUUUCUCUUUUGACUUGACGGGACACAGGGCGGCUCCAGCGGCGCAGAAGCAGAGCAAGCCCAAGAUGUCCACCAAAAGACGCAUGAAGGCCAGCGAGAGGGAGAAGAUGCGGAUGAGGAGUCUUGCAGAGGCGCUGCACCAGCUCCGUGACUACCUGCCGCCGGACUACAGCAAAAGAGGCCAACCCUUAACCAAGAUACAAACCCUCAAAUACACCAUCGAAUACAUCAACAAGCUCUCAGACAUCCUGAGCCGCGCGUAACGGACGCAAAAUGGACCACUUUUACGCAUCAGGUUUCUCCUCAUCUGGACAUUUGAUGGAGUUAGUUUUUUAUCCCUGAUGACCAGUGCCACAUCGUUACGAUAACUUAAUCAGCAAAUUUCAUUGAAUAACUAUUUUCCGUCUCUUUUUGCCCUUCUCAUGAUGUAAAUAUUGUUUAGCGGGCACUUGGCAAUUAUUUUUGUAUAUGAGGCUGCCUUUGUUGGAAUUGGAGUUGAGAUGUAUAUGUUGAUGGGUAUGAAAUACAGCCUCACAGAUGAUAAAUCUCUCCAGUGUUCUCAUGUUCCUGUUUGAAUUCAGAGAAACCGCAUCGUACUGGUAUGUUUUAGAACUUGAGUAGCUGUGUGAUAUUUUUAAGUUUUGUUGUGACAAAAACUAUGAAAUAAUUAGUGCUUUUUUUUUUUUUAAAGGACAAGUGAAAUAUUCAAUUCUUCACAUGUUGUCCCAGUUAUUACAUAUAUCAGGCUUGAAAUCCACUGUAUUCACCGUGUGUCAGA